AUGAAUAUACCACCAGAAUUGACCUUUGAAGUUUUGGUGCGACUUCCAUUGAAGAGCCUCGCAAGAUUCAGAUCAAUGUGCAAAGAAUGGAAACUGGUCAUCGACUCCGAAUUCUUCCGAGAUUGCUUCAUGUCUCACAACUCUUCCUCAGUCUCAUGGUCAAUCAUCCAAACGAGACCUCACAAACUGACACUUGAAAUCGUUGGUCACCAUGGAUGCAAAACAUGGGGACUUACUCGUUCUCCCGGAUCUUUAGUGAGUUUCUUUGCCGAGACCACAAUCAGGAAACUACAAGUCUUAGCUUGUACCGAUGGGUUGGUCCUUCUUUACGUAGAAUCUUGCGUUGGAACUCCUAUGUAUUACGUUGGUAAUCCUUUGUUUCAAGAGUGGUUUCGAAUCCCUCUCCGUCCUAAAUACACUUCUCAAAAUGUUGAGAAAUUAAGGAACCACGAGCGUUUCAGCGACAGUGGAUUGGUUACAAAGAUGCAAAGUGGUAUUGUUGUGAGUUACAAGGUUGUGUGGUUGAUCGCUCACACUUUUGCUCAAGUCGAUUUUGCGAUUUACUCAUCUAACACAGGGGAAUGGGAAAUUAAAAAUGUGACUUGUCUUCAUUCUGCCUAUUGGUUUAGUCAUCACAAGUCCAUUGCUUUAAAUGGGAUUCUUCAUUGGCUUUCCAACCUCACCGGUUCUUUUUUAGCUUACGAUUUCUAUGGAGGUCAUCAUGAUGCGUGUAGUAUCAUUUAUUUCCCCGAUAAUGGAAAAGAUUACGAGUUACCGCGUUUUCGGAGAACAAUCACUACCUCGGAAGGGUCUAUUGUGUAUUUCAACGAGUUUGGUGGGAACGCAAACCGCAAAGUACGGGUUUGGAGGCUGGUCAAGUACACUGAUGGUCCUGAGGCGUGGCAGCUCUUUUGGGAAGCCAGCUUGGCGUCUGUGACCAAGCUAGGUAUCGAUUACUUCCCGGUGGUGAUGCAUCCUUUGAAGUCUGAGAUCAUCUACUUGUGGAGCAGAAACAAGAAAGGUAUGGUCUUGUUUAACUUGAGGACGCAUGUGUUUAGUCUUCACAAGGAAUCCGAAGACGAGAGGAAGUGUAUGGAUGGUUGCACCUUGAGCUUUAACUGGUGCAACGAGUAUAUGGAGACCGUUCAUAGAUACUUUUCCCCAUCGUUUCAAGGUGGUCCUAACCUUCUCCUCGCUUCACAGUAUGUUCUCCCUCGUUGGUUGUCCCGUCUCCCUCGUCCACAGCCUUCUAAUUAG